GAAGAUGCAUUUAAUUCAAAUGGAGGCGAAGAUGCAAUUAAUUCACAAUCCAACCAAGACUUUACAAUGUUGUUUAGGGUUUGCUCUCCUCCAUUUCAUUUCCCUCUUACCCUCAUCAUCAUGCCAGUCCUUCGAUUACGGUGAAGCUCUCUCAAAGAGCCUCCUCUACUUUGAAUCUCAGCGCUCCGGCCACCUACCCUACCACCAGAGAGUCACCUGGCGCCACCAUUCUGCACUCACCGACGGCCUUGAUCAAGGAGUGGACUUGGUUGGAGGAUAUUAUGAUGCCGGUGACAACGUGAAAUUUGGUCUCCCAAUGGCCUUCACGAUCACAAUGCUCUCAUGGUCUGUCAUCGAAUAUGGAGACGAAAUCGCCUUUGCAGGCGAGUACCACCACGCACUGGAGGCGAUCAAAUGGGGGACGGAUUACUUCAUCAAAGCUCAUACUCACCCAAACGUCCUGUGGGCACAGGUUGGGGACGGUGACUCUGACCACUACUGUUGGCAGAGGCCAGAGGACAUGACGACGUCGAGGCAAGCCUUCAAGGUGGACAACGAGAACCCCGGGUCCGAUGUCGCUAGUGAGACAGCAGCCGCCUUGGCAGCAGCGUCCGUUGUGUUUAGGAAAACUAAUCCGCGUUACUCUCACCUACUAUUGCGACAUGCAAAACAAUUGUUUGAAUUUGGGGACAAGUAUAGAGGGAAGUAUGACGUAAGUAUUGAGGCAGCAAAAUUGCACUACCCAUCGGUGAGUGGAUACAAAGAUGAGCUAUUGUGGGCAGCUUUGUGGCUAUACAGGGCCACCCACAAGGAGGAUUACUUGAACUAUGCCUUAGAGAAUGCUCAAGACUUCGGUGGAAUUACUUGGGCUGUCAAGGAAUUCAGUUGGGAUAUCAAGUAUGCCGGUGUUCAGAUCAUUGCUUCCAUGUUGAUGAGUGAAGCAAAGUCCAAGGAACACAAGAACAUAUUGGAACAGUACCGUUCAAAAUCUGAAUAUUACCUGUGUGCUGGCCUAAAUAAAAACAAUGGGUCUAAUGUGGAGCACACCCCAGGAGGCUUACUAUAUAUCCGCCAAUGGAACAAUAUGCAGUAUGUAUCAGCAGCUACAUUUCUGCUCACAAUUUACUCUGAUCAUCUUCUAGCCUCAAAUCAGAAGCUCAGAUGUGAUCGUGGUGAGGUGGAUCCAGAAGAAGUAUUCGCCUUCGCGAAAUCACAGAUCGAUUAUAUCUUGGGUGAUAAUCCAAUGGCCAUGAGUUACUUGGUUGCAUAUGGCUUGAGAUAUCCACAAAGGGUGCAUCAUAGAGGAGCAUCAAUUGAAUCAUAUAGGAGGAACAAGGGGUUUAUUGGGUGCAUUCAGGGUUAUGAUUACUGGUUUGGGCAAAAGGGUCCUAACACUAAUGUUAUAAUUGGGGCCCUUGUCGGUGGACCAGAUAGAAAGGAUGAGUUCAGGGAUGAACGAGCAAACUACAUGCAAACAGAGGCCUGCACAUAUAAUACUGCAACCCUGGUUGGGGUUUUAGCUAAAUUGCACAGUUUACAAGGAGAAGAACGCAAAACAUCGAUCCCUUCAAGCUUCUAGCAAACGAGGAUAUUAUUGUUCAACAUAAUGUUCAACCAUUCUUCUACAGGGUAAAAGAAUAAUAGAAGCUCAUAUUCAAA